AAUGCAUAUAAACUAGGAUUUACCACAACACGAGAGUAAAAGAGCGAGACAAUACAUUUGAAAUAAGCAGCUCUGGAUCGAGAGACAACAACGGGAGUCUCUGGUUGUAUAAGAAGGUCUUACAUGAAGGAGCGUAGAGUGGAACUGAGCAAAGGAUGACUUGCCAACUUUUUGCAGUCUCUAGAAACAAAAUGGCUUCAGAGCAAAUUCUUGUUCAGGUCUUGUUGUAACUAAACUUUCAUUCAUUAAAUGACAUUUACAAUUUAGCAAAAAAAAAAGGAUGACUUGCUGAUUUAAACAGAACCGGUGUAUGACUAUUGAUUUGGUCACAUACUUAAUCCGUUGUUGAUUUGUGUCCGCAAGUUGACCUUAGCUCUGUUUCGUUCUCUAUUUCUCCAUGUUAGAUUCCAUAUAAACGCAUCCAUACUCAUUUCUAUAUAAACGCAUACUCAUUUAGUCAUAUACAAAUAUUAUAUAGUUGGUCAUAAGAAUGGAAGUGGCCGAUCGUAUGAAACUUAUAAUCUAAUAACGUCACUUUAUAAAAUAGCAUAUUUGUCCUUUUUUCUUAACUAUCCUUCAGUUACUCAUCAAGAAAGAAGAAGGAAAUUCGAAUAAUGAAUGGGUGUAACUGGUAAACAUAUAUGGAAUUUGUGAAAUUUAAAAUAAAUGGAAUGGUAGAAAUGGAAUACAUCAAAAAAUGGAAUGGAAUUCAUUCCAUUCUUUCAUGAUCAAAUUUGUUAUGGAAUGAUUCUCUUUGUAUUUUCUCUAUUUAUUUUUGGAAUUGAUGGAAUGAGUAUUCCAUUCCAUUCAUGUCAAAUGGUAAAUUUUUUUAUAGAAUUAAUGGAAUAGGCCAUUCCACAUCAUUCCAUUCCAAAUAUGUACACAUCAUUCCAUUCCACAUCCACUAUUUUUCUUAGUGAAAUUAGUUCAACAGUUGUGGUUUUAACAUUAUAAUAAGUGUACUGCUAACAAAGGUUUGAUAUUCGUAUGAUGCUUGGAUGCGACGUGUGGAUAAUGCUUUGUCUAUACUACAGAUUUGAUGCCAUAACUGGUGCUCGGAAUUCAACAGUACUCACAUUUCAACAAUUUUAGAUUCUAUGCGGUCUGUCUUUUAGGCUGGUCAAAAUUCUUUUGGUCGCGCCAAACAAUACGUCCAAUCUCUACAUAAGCAUAUAUAUAUAUAUAUAUAUAGCUAGUUAAAGAUGUGAUUAAUGAUUAUGGAUGGAGUCUCCACUGCAAUUACUUCUGAAAAAUACGCCUAACCAUACAAGUGAAUGAAUUUUCUUAAUUAGUUAGGAAAUGAAAAUUAACAAAGUUAGAUGUUACAAAAGAUCUGUUUGAAGAGGGCACGGCCUAAACUGGAAAAAUCAUAAAUGAACGUAGACAACUCAAUUUAAUAAACACUUUAUAUGUCAUUAUUCAUUAAUUACUUAAGUCUAAUCAACUAUAUAACUUUAACUCAUUUCUGGUACGUACUACUAGAUUUGGAUAAAAUGAAAUAGAACAAGACAGUUACCUAAAACUGAGACUGGUGGCAUCAUAAUCAUCACAUGAGAAUAUUGAAUGAUUGAGCGGCUGUUUUGUAUGUUACGACUUGAAACACUUCACAUUAUAAGAGGCAAAGAUCUCUCUUUCCGCAACACAGAAACAAAGAAAAUGGACAAGACUGAUCAAAAUGUUAACCGAACGGAGAGAACGGUAGAGUCGGUCCUGAGAGUCGCAUCAAUGGCUCUAAGUAUUGCGAGUCUCGUGAUCAUGAUCAAAAACUCUAUCGCCAAUGACUUUGGCUCUCCUUCUUACUCAACUCUUGGAGCUUUCAAGUAUUUGGUGACUGCUAAUGGAGUUUGUGCGGCAUAUUCUGUUCUUUCUGCUAUCUUUGUAAUAGCCAUUCCGUGUCCUAUAAGCAAGCCCAGACUCUGGACAUUGUUCUUGCUUGAUCAAGUGGUCACGUAUGUGGUUCUAGCGGCUGGGGCUGUAUCUGCAGAGACGGUAUACUUAGCAUAUAAAGGAAACUUAAACAUCACUUGGAGCUCUGCUUGUGAUUAUUAUGGAAUCUUCUGUCACAAGGCACUAGUCUCAGUUAUAUUAACAUUCCUUGUUUCUGUUCUUUACGUGUCACUUUCAUUCAUCUCUUCCUAUAGACUCUUUAGCAGAUUCGAAGCACCUAAGCAUUGAAAGCAAAGAACACAUAAGUAGGAAGGUACAUGCAUACGAGAAACCUGGUUGAGAAAAGUGAAAGUGAAUGUUGAAUAAAAGAGCAACUGAUAUAAAUUAAGGUUUUGUUUCGCUAA